AUGAGAAUGUUUGUAGCCAGUAUUCUGUCCAUGUUUGCUGGAGCUCAGGUGGUGCAUCAGAAAAUGGCAUCGAAACAAGAGAGAGAAGCGGAGGAAUAUUUACGGAAGCACCAGAUCCCGGAGCUGAUGGAGAAUCUGAUCAGUCUGGUGCUGUUCCACAGACCGGAGAAGCCGAAGCAGUUCCUGUUAGAGCAUUUGGAAUUGUUGAAGCGUUCCCGUGACAGUGGAGACCGAGGCCCUGGUUUAUUCACAAACGACGACCUGGACACAGUGUUUGGAAUUCUGGACCCUGCCAACCGGAAGUCCAUUUCAUACAACCAGUACGAGCAUGCUCUGCAAACUCUGGGGGUGAGGGAUGUGAACAAGUGUCCAGACGGCGUGAACGAGGAUAAGAUCAGCCAUGACACCUUCAAAACUGAAGCGAUAGAAGGGCUGCAGAGGAGCUCAAAGACUUACCUCAAACCAAAGUCUUCUCCAUAA